AUGUACGUGGUGUACUGUCAGAACAAACCGAAGUCCGAAUAUCUGGUGUCUGAAUACGAAACGUUUUUCAAUGUAGCCGAGAUCAAACAGAAGUUGGGACACAAGUUGACGUUGGCCGAUCUACUUAUCAAGCCAGUUCAGCGUAUCAUGAAGUAUCAGCUCUUACUUAAGGAUAUCCUUAAAUAUACAGAACGCGCUGGCGAGGAUACGACCAUGCUACAGAAGGCACUGCACGUGAUGCACGUUGUUCCGAAGGCGUGCGACAAUAUGAUGCACGUAGGUCGCCUCCAAGGAUUCGAUGGUAAGGUCACAGCUCAGGGGAAGCUGCUCCACCAGGGAACGCUUCUGAUUUCUGAUAACCCCUCGCCGAUGCAGUUCAAACCAAAGGAAAGGCGGAUGUUUCUGUUUGAACAGUCGAUAAUCAUCGCUGACUGCAUCCAGCCAAAGAAGGACUUCGCCACUCCGAACUACAUCUACAAGACUCACAUCAUGGUGAACAAACUGGCACUGGAACCGGACGUGCCGAGCGAGCCGUUGCGCUUCGUGUUGAAAAACAAGGACCCGUCGACGAACGCGUCAGACGUCGUGCUGCAAGCCAGCUCAGAAGACGAGAAGUCGCAAUGGAUCACGUGUAUAAAACAGGUGUUGGAUUCUCAGAUGAACUUUCUGAAAGCUCUGCAGCACCCAAUCGCCUACCAGAAGGGACUUAGUAAGGACUAG